AUGCAGUCGUCGACCUACAAGAUCCUCAAGGUGUGUGUCCUGGGAGAUCUAGGUGUGGGCAAGACAUCGUUGACCACUCGGUUUGUCACCGAGAACUUCGUAGACAAGUAUAAACCGACAUAUCAAGCCUGUCACUUCCACAAAUACCUGCACACACCUGACAGCAGUGUCUACAUCCAGAUCUGGGACACAUCAGGCACUGAGAGAUUCAGAUCUUUGAGUCCUCACAUUCUCAGGGACUCCAACGGGGCUCUGUUAGUUUACGACGUCACUAACUUGGCCAGCUUUGUCAACAUAGACAAGUACUGGAUAAAGUGGAUCAGAGACAUAGUUCCGGACGAGUUCAGACUUGUUCUUGUAGGAAACAAAAUCGACAAGUCGGCAAGCAGACAAAUAGACAGCAAGAUGGCCAAGCGAUUCGCUGCAGACAAUAGCAUGUUGUACUAUGAGACAUCGGCCAAGACUGGAGAAAGUGUGGAUGUUGUGUUUCUGGACGUAGUAAACCUUCUAGCGGACACAAUCGAAUCCUCCUACAGCGAGUCUCUGGAAGUUCCACUGACUAAGGACAGAAAACACAGCUGCUGUUUUUGA